AUGGGGCAAAAAGGGGGCAUAGAUGUAUUUGUGACAGGAGGCUUUGACACUUGGAGUAAAAAGAAAUCAUUGAAAGAUCAUGAGGGUAAAGUUGAUAGUCAUCACAACAAAGCAAAACAAAAAUGUGAAAAUCUAGUAAAGAAAAACGAAUCUAUCAGUGAAGCUUUUCAUAAGCAAACUGAAGUUGAAGCGAUUGACGUCUCCAAAGAUUCAAAAAGAGAUUGUUCAAUGCUUUCAAAAGAGAUAAUAAAGUCCAUCUGUGAAGAAAUUGGUACUUAUGUGUUUACCAUAUUAGUAGAUGAGUCUAGUGAUGUAUCCAAAAAGGAACAAAUGGUUAUGGUUUUGCAAUAUGUUAAUAGCCUUGGAUUAGUGAAAGAAAGAUUUGUUGGAAUUGUUCACAUGAAGGAUACAACUUCUUUAGCUUUAAAAGAAGCCAUUGAUUCGGUAUUUACCAACAAUAACUUGAGUAUAUCUCAGCUUUGGUGGUUAAUGUGGUGUGCGCUUCUUGUAAAAGAAAAGAUAUCAUACGAGAUAGUUACAAGGAAAAGGGUUCAAAAAGAAAUUGGUAAUGGUGAAAUUGAGCCAGAAGAGGGUUAA